CAUAGAUUAUUCAUGCUUCACUAUUUAAUUUAAUAAAGAGUGAAAAAUCUUGAAUUAGCUACAUAAUGAUUUUAUUAAUAGCAAAUGAUUUUUCUUUUAGUUUUACCAGAUGAAGUUUUACAGGAUGCUGUCCCUGGCAACAUACGUACGGCAGAACAUUUUAUAGCCUUUUUGAAACGCUUUAUAGAAUAUAUAAAAAUACGUCUUCGUGUACAGCAUGUUGCUCAAGAAAGUCCAGCUAAAUUUUUAAAAGAUGUUCUUCAGAAAGUUUGUAUUGAGAGGAAACCAUUGAGAUUUUGUUCAGAAAGACUUCGUUCACUUAUUAAAACACUAGAAAUAACAGAAAUUGCAGAUUUUACUUCACUGGGAUUAAUUUGUAACUUUGCAACUUUAGUCAGCACUUAUAUUAAAGGUUUUACAAUAAUUAUUGAGCCAUUUGAGGACAAAGCACCAAUGGUACCAAAUCCAAUAUUAUAUUUUAGCUGUAUGGAUGCAUCUAUUGCAAUCAAACCAGUCUUUGAUAGAUUUCAAUCUGUGAUAAUUACUUCAGGUACAUUGUCACCACUAGACAUGUAUCCAAAAAUACUGGACUUUAGACCUGUAAUUAUGGCCUCUUUUACUAUGACGUUAGCUCGACCUUGCAUAUGCCCUCUGAUUGUCAGUAAAGGAAAUGAUCAAGUUGCUAUAACAACAAAGUUUGAAACAAGAGAAGAUAUAGCUGUUAUCCGAAAUUAUGGAAAUCUUUUACUUGAAAUGACUGCAAUUGUACCAGAUGGGAUUGUUUGUUUUUUUACAAGUUAUUUAUAUAUGGAAAAUGUUAUUGCAUCUUGGUAUGAACAGGGCAUUAUUGAUAAUAUUCAGAAACGCAAAUUAUUAUUUGUUGAAACCCAAGAUUCUGCAGAAACAAGUCUUGCUUUAUUAAAUUAUGUAAAAGCAUGUGAAAAUGGAAGAGGUGCAGUCUUAUUAUCUGUAGCAAGAGGUAAAGUUUCUGAAGGAGUUGAUUUUGAUCAUCAUUUAGGCAGAGCAGUAUUAAUGUUUGGCAUUCCAUUUGUUUAUACACAGAGUAGGAUUUUGAAGGCUAGAUUAGAAUAUUUGAGGGAUCAAUUUCAAAUAAGAGAGAGUGAUUUUUUAACUUUUGAUGCAAUGAGACAUGCAGCUCAAUGUGUUGGCAGAGCUCUAAGAGGAAAAACUGAUUAUGGCAUCAUGUGUUUUGCCGAUAAGAGGUUUUCGAGAAUUGAUAAAAGAGGAAAAUUACCUCGAUGGAUUCAAGAACACCUUAAAGAUUCUGUGUGCAAUCUUUCCAUUGAAGAAACAGUACAGAUCUCAAAACGUUUUUUGAGACAGAUGGCACAAACAUUUUCAAGGGAAGAUCAAUUGGGUAUCUCACUUCUUACAUUAGAACAAAUACAGUCAGAAGAAAUUCAGAAGAAAAUUGAAGGAAAAGUCCAGUUACAAUGAUAUUGUGUAAAUAUUUAUAAUAAAAAAAUGUCACAUAG